CCGUCGACCCCAUCUCCUCCCCUUCUCCAUUCAUCUCUGCACCCCAUUAUUGAACAAAUUAAUUCACCUUUUCCCACUCUUUUCUUUAUUUAAUUAAAUUAUUCUAAACCCCCAAAAUUUAAUUCACACUACAAACUCCAAUGCUCCGAAACCCCGCAACAAAUUGCUGAAACACAGAGAAAAGUAGAAAAUAAUUAAAAACUCCCCCCUAAAUUAAAGUUAUCAAAAUCCAAAUAAAAACACACUUUUUCAUUAGAUUUUCCAAGAAGAAUCCAAGGUACAAAUACAUCAAAACCCUCAAAUUUCUUCCAUUUUUUUUCCCUUUUCUUUCUUCCCAAUUCCAACAAAUCUCAAAAAAAAAGUGGGAAAAUUUCCAGAAACUUUGGACAAAAAAAGAUGGGUGAAUAUUAUAGAUCCAAGUCAUAUGCAGAUGGAAGAAUGGAAAUAGAGGUAUAUUAUGGUGAAAAUAAUGAAAAACCCACAAACAAUACAUCAACAAUUUCAUCAAAUAAUAAUGGUGAUAAUACUUAUAAUAAUGGUGGAUUACAUGAAAUGAGGUGUUACAGUGCAUCUUAUGUAACAACAUCACAGCAACAGCAGCAGCAGAUUCCAAAGGAGUUGAAGAAGGGUAAAAGUGUAAAUGCAUCAUCAAAAGCUGGUUGGUGUUUUAGUGACCCAGAAAUGGCAAGGAAGAAAAGGGUUGCUAGUUAUAAAGCUUAUAGUGUUGAAGGUAAAAUUAAGAAGUCUUUUUCUAAGAGUUUUAGAUGGAUUAAAGAUAGGUACUCUAAUAUGCUUCAGGGUUGGUAAUUUCUACCCCUUUUUUUAUGAUUAAUUACUAUUUUUAGUAUUUUUAUUAUUUAUUCUCUGAAAAAAGAGUUGGAAAAAAUAUUAAAUUGUGUAAUUUUGUUUAGUGUUGAGCUUGUUUGUAUCUUUUGGAAGUGAUGUAGAUUACAGUAUUUGCUAAUUUAUGAGAUGAUCAUCUUUAAGAUUUAAGGCUUUAA